AUGGAACUAUUAGGGGCCGAAAUGCAGUCGCCGCACGUUCUUAUCUACAUAUCGUCGAUGAUCGUUGCUUUUAUACUGUUCAUAUGGGCACUCAUCAUUCUAUUCCGGAUAUGGUUUGACCAGGACAGAACCAUGCCUGGAACUGCGCCGUCCUGGUGGAACCCGCUGGGAGUCGAGUGGUUGGUCUAUACCUGGGCUUCGAAAAACAUGCCCAUCGGUGAAGGGAUUAUUAGUAAGGCGGCCGGGUUCGAAGCAGUCUUGUCGUCAUUGAAGUUAAUCAACAAGUGGUUGAUUUACGGGUUCUUCGAUUCAUGGCUAGGAACCGGCUUACUUACCAGUGAUGGUGACCAAUGGCGACGACAACGAGAGAUGCUCACACCUGCGUUCCAUUUUCGUAUCCUCGAGGACGUCAUGCCCGUCUUCAAUGAGUACUUGCAACAUUUUAUUAGAGCUCUUAAAAAUUACGAGCGACGGAAGCCGAUCGAGGUUACGUCGCUUGCUGGUAUGGCUACGCUCGAUAUUAUCUGUGAGGCGGCAAUGGAUACAAAGAUACAUGCUCAGGAGAACAGCUGUUCAGACUAUAUAAUUGAAGAACGCAAAAACGAGAUCCUCGCAGGACAUAGAAACAGCGGAGUCAACUCAAAGGGUGAUAGAGACAUCGGUAUGAAAAAUGGAUAUCCAUUCAUCGAUUUGCUGAUCGAGAGUCACUUGCAGGACCCCCAGAGUGUGUCCUUAGAAAGCGUUCAAAAGGAGGUAGGUACCUUUAUGUUUGAAGGACACGACACCACUGCGCUGGGUGUUUCGUGGAUGCUCUAUCUUCUUGCCGAAAAUCCUAACAUACAAAGGAAAGUUCAUCAAGAUCUUGAUUAGAUCUUCGGAAACGAUGGUAAAAGACCGGUGGCCAAUGAUGAUCUCAUAAGAAUGAACUACACUGAAUGCUGUAUUAAGGAAGCACGGCGGCUGUAUCCUUCGGUGCACUUAAUUGCUCGAUACGUAAACGAGGACUCUACCAUUUGUGGUUACAAGGUGAAGGUAUCAACCUUUAUUAUACUGAACAUUUUCCGUGCUCAUCGUGACCCAAGCGUGUUCGCUGAUCCCGAACGCUACGAUCCCGAUAGAUUCUUGUCGGAGAACGCUGCUGGUCGACAUCCUUUUGCCUAUGUGCCUUUCUCCGCUGGCCCACGAAACUGCAUUGGCCAAAAGUUCGCGCGGAAGUUCCGUUUGAGGUCAGCUUUACGAAGCGAGGACGUGCACGCGCUGGGAGAACUUGUUACCCGUCCGAAAGAUGGGCUUCCUCUUUACAUUGAACCUCGCAAUUGAAUAUCGGAAGUGUCGCUAAAGGAUACCGCGUAUUAAGAACUUUUGUGAAAAAAAAUGUCGUACACGUUGUUUAGGAUUGAGAAAUGCCAAGUACCAUAUAACAACAUGGCCUCAACAGCAAUCUUCACCAGAUGAUCCGUGCUGACUUUGACCUUGCGGUAAACUCUUUAUUGUAAAGUAUACGCAUAAACGACCCUUUUGAGAUAAAAAUUCUCGUUGAUAGCAUCUAGAAGCAGUACACAAUAUA